ACUCGCUCUGCAACACUACUCAGUUAUUAAUUGGUUACGAGAAUAAUGGGCAAGAGAGCUGCUGGAUUUGUCCUUUUUCGGCGCUUAUGUGGAGAAAUUCAAUAUUUACUCUUAAGAGCUUCAUAUGGUGAUUUCCACUGGAGCGCGCCAAAGGGACACGUGGAUCCAGGCGAAGAUGACUUCACUACAGCCUUGCGGGAAACAAAGGAAGAAGCCGGCUACGAUGAAAAAGAUUUGAUUAUCUAUCGUGAUAAGCCUCUUACACUUAAUUAUGAGGUCAAAGGUAAGCCCAAGGUUGUUAUCUACUGGCUAGCAGAGCUUCGAAAUCCAAACCAAGAGGCCGUUCUCUCCGAGGAGCACACGGAACUAAAAUGGCUGCCCAAAGAAGCGGCAAAGGAAAUCGUUGGCUUUAAGGACAACCAAGUGAUGAUAGACAAGUUUCAUGAAAUUAUACUGAAUAUGGAUAAGAAUCGGACCGGCUGCGGAUGUCCAUAAAAAUACCACAAUUUCAGUGC